UUUGAGAAACCAAAUUAAUAAAGAGCCCUUCUCAUCUCUCUCCUUCAAAAAAACCAAAACCGCACCCUAUUCCUCCCUAUUUGCAUCGCAUUUGUUCUUGAAUCUCUUCUCACCCUCACCCUCCAGAGAGAGAGAGAGAGAGGGAGAAUGUUCCAUACAAAGAAGCCUGCAGCUAUGAAUUCCCACGACAGGCCCAUGUGUGUUCAAGGCGACUCCGGCCUUGUCCUCACCACCGAUCCCAAGCCCCGCCUCCGGUGGACCGUCGAGCUCCACGAACGCUUCGUCGACGCCGUCACCCAGCUCGGUGGCCCAGAUAAGGCGACGCCGAAGACCAUCAUGAGAGUUAUGGGUGUCAAGGGCCUCACUCUUUACCAUCUCAAGAGCCAUCUUCAGAAAUUCAGGCUUGGAAAGCAACCUCACAAGGAAUUCAACGAUCACCCAAUGAAAGAUGGUGAGAGAGCUACUUCGGGUCUAGAUCUUCCACGAAAUCCAGCUUCUUCCUCUGGGAUUAUUGGCCGUAAUAUGAACGAUAAUGUUCCCUUCCCUGAUGCAAUUAGGAUGCAAAUGGAGGUGCAGAGACGACUCCAUGAACAGCUUGAGGUACAGAGACGCCUCCAAUUAAGGAUCGAGGCUCAAGGGAAGUACAUGCAGACGAUACUCGAGAAAGCCUGCCAAACCCUAGCUGGUGAAAACAUGGCUUCUGGCAGUUACAAAGCGAGCACUACUGUUCCAAAUCAUGAAAUUGAAUCAUCCAUGAAGGAUUUUGGCUCCGCCCUCAACUUCCCAUCUCUCCAAGACCUCAACAUCUAUGGAGCGGAACAACAACUAGAGCUUCAGCACAAUAUGGAGAGGCCGCCACUGGAUGGAUUCAUGCCCAACAAUGAAACAAUUUGCCUUGGUAAGAAGAGGCCAAACCCAUACAGUGGAAGUGGAAAGAGCCCUUUACUUUGGCCAGAUGAUCUUCGUUUGCAAGAACUGGGCACAGCUGCAUCUUGCCUAGGGCAUCAAGAUCAUGAUCCUUUCAAAGGGGAUCAGAUCCAGAUUGCACCUCCAGGGGCUGAAAUGGAAUCAGUGUCAGACAUUUUCGAGACAAAGCCGAUGCUUUCGGGAGAAGCCAUGGGGGAGAAGAAGUUUGACGCAGCGUCAGGGAAGCUUGAAAGGCCCUCUCCAAGAAGAGGGAUUAGCCCGGUGAUGAGCACACCAGGAAGAAAUUCUCCAUUUGUUUGAAUCUAGCCAUAUAUAUACAUAUAUAGGGCUUUAUUAAUAUUAAACUGCUUAGAGCUCAUGAUAAAGUAUGAUGAGAUCUAGGGUUUUUGACACAUUUGAGUUUAAGCCUAACGACUAUAUGUGAUUGCAUAAUGCCAUGCAUACAUGGCAGACAUUCCUACUGCUACUAAGUUAACUGGUCAGUUUGUAUUGUAAACUUAAUCAUGCUGUUACUUUCUUGCUCAUAUGUAAUCAAUGCACAUUUCUCUA